UAUUCGAGGUUGCAGCAGGCUGAGGGAGACCGUGGAAGGUAAGCAGGGAGGCAGCAUCAUGGCGGACAGAGACAGUGGCAGUGACCACGGAGGGCUGGCCACAGGCCCCGGCUCGCUGCCCCCGGGCGCGAUGGGCGCCGCGGCAAGACUCCAACACGACACAGAGGAGCUCGCAUCGAAGCGAGUCGAUAUCCAGAAUAAGCGCUUCUACCUAGAUGUGAAGCAGAAUGCAAAAGGCCGCUUCCUAAAGAUAGCCGAGGUCGGAGCUGGGGGAAACAAGAGCCGCCUCACUCUCUCUAUGUCAGUGGCAGUGGAGUUCCGCGACUAUCUCGGGGACUUCAUCGAACAUUACGCCCAGCUGGGCCCGAGCAACCCGGACAUAGUGCAGGAUGAGCCCCGGCGAGCCCUCAAGAGCGAAUUUCUAGUGCGAGAGAAUCGCAAAUAUUACAUGGAUCUGAAAGAGAACCAGAGGGGGCGGUUCCUCAGGAUCCGUCAGACCGUUAAUCGGGGGCCCGGAUUGGGAAGCGCACAAGGCCAGACAAUCGCGCUUCCAGCGCAGGGACUUAUCGAGUUCCGUGAUGCUUUAGCCAAACUCAUCGAUGAUUACGGUAUGGAUGAGGAUCCAGCCGAACUACCCGAGGGCACCUCCUUGACUGUUGACAACAAGCGCUUUUUCUUCGACGUGGGUUCCAACAAGUACGGAGUGUUCAUGCGGGUCAGCGAGGUGAAGCCUACCUACCGGAACUCCAUCACUGUUCCGUGCAAAGUGUGGUCCAAAUUCGGCAACACGUUCUGUAAAUAUGCCGAGGAGAUGAGAAAGAUCCAGGAGCGGAGUAGAGAGAAACGGGCCUCCGAACUCCUACCGGAGGGCCAACAUGGUGACGACGGGGACGAUGAUUGACGGAUUACCGGCUUGAGCAGAAAUAAAUAAAUAACAACAAA